CGGACUUUCCUCUCUAGUUUGGCAGAGGAGGAAGUUAAUUGGAGCGGUUCAGCUCUCUGCUGCGCCACCAAUUCAAAUCACCUUUAACAACCUGAGUUCCUGCGUGUUUUUUGGCCUGUCACGUCUUUGAGAAACUUUCCUUUUCUUCCCCCCUCUCUCUCUCUCUGUUGGUUUUAGUGGAGGGGAUCUGAGCUGAUCCGCAACGUCAAUCCAUAAAAAUGUCUCUCCACUCGAGUCAGAAAACCACGACGAGCUACCGGACGGUGAAAGUCGCCUCUCCGGAGCCGGUGAGCAGGACGGUGAUCUCGGCCGGCUCGGCGUCCCCACUGCCGUACGCGGUGAACGGAUCCUACGAGACGGUUCGGUACCUGGUGCCCAUGCAGCAGCAGCAGCAGAUAAUGCAUUUGCAGCAGCAGCCCAUGAUGCAGAUGCAGCAGCAGUAUGUUCUGAUGCAGCAGCCGAUGAUGCAGCAGCCGAUGAUGCAGCAGAUGGUGUCCCCGGUUUACCUGCAGAAUCUACAACACCUGAGUGUCAGCAGCCAGGAAUCCGACAUGGCCUACCGGCAGCAGGUGGAGAGUAUCAGCGGGCAGUCCUCAGUGUUCAGCCAGUCAUCCAGUCCUAUAAAGAGCCCUGAACCAAGUGCUGAGGAGGAGGAGGAAGAAGAGGAGGAAGAGGAGGAGGAGGAGGUGGUGGAAGUGGAAGAGGUGGAGAUCGUCAACAUCAUUCAGCAGAAACCUCCACCAGCGAUUGAGAGGAUCACCACAACGGAGGUGAAGACCGAGCAGAGGGAAGCUCCCCAGCUGACCAAGUUGGACACGCGGUACUUUGGUGAGCUGCUGGCUGAAGUCUACAGGAAGAACUGUGACAUCCACUCCUGCAUCUCCGAGCACGUGUCCAAGAUCCGUGGACAGAAACACCAGCUGGAUCCCAGCAAUGACUACAAGGUGGAGAGAGAGGAGGUGGAAGCUUUGAUCCCCAAAGGAACUACUGAACUGACCAAACAACAAAUCCGCUACCUGCUGCAAACUCGUCUCACUGCAGAUAAAAGCAUGCGUCUGCUGCUGUCCACCUUCAGCAGUCUGAGAGAGGAGCUCCUCCAAAUGUCUGAGGACCUGCGGCUUCUGGAGAGUGAGAAAGAGUCUUUGGAGAGAGACCUGAGUUUCAAAGAAGACCAGGCUCGGCAGUAUGACUGUCUCCUCGAGGCUGUCCGAGAAAACAACAGACAGCUCCAGCUGUCCCUGAAGGAAACCACUUCUUCCCAGCGUUCCCUGGAGAGCCAGCUGUUGAGUAGCCGAAGCACCGACUCGAGCCGCGAGUUCAAGAUCAAAGAGAUAGAGGGCCAGUUGAGAAUGCUCGAGAAAGAGAACGAGAUGCUCCGACAGAAGCUGGCAGGACAAGCUAGCAACACCACCUUACACAUCAAAACAGAGGAGUUGUCACGUCAGUACAAUGAACAGCUCAGCGUCUUGAGACAAGAAAAAGACAAGGAGCUAGAAAGGCUGCGGACCCAGAUUAUAAGGAUCCAGACAGAGAUCACCUCCGAAAAGUCGUCGUCUUCCUCCUCGGAGAAGAGUCUCCAGCUGAAGAUCUCAGAGCUGCUCGCCAUGUUGGAGCAGCGGCAGACCACCAUCACCCGACAGGAGGAGGAGAUCAAGAGACUAAUGCAAGAAAAGAACGACAGCUCCAAGAACGUCACGACCAAGACCAUCAUCACCAAGAGGUACAGGAACCAGUACCCCAUCCUUGGUCUGCUGAGUGACGACUACCAGGCGACCUCCCCUGUGAAAGAAGCAAAGACCAUCGUCAUCGAGAGAACUGGAGAGAUGAUUAAGCAGGAAAUCAUUACAACCCCUUAAAGACACACUGCUUCUCUCCGACAGGAAUGAAGACCCAGGCGUCACCUGCUGUCCCACCUUGCAUGCUCCCCUCCCUCAUCCUCAGGGCUCCCAGGGUUGGUGGUGGUAGAAAUCCCCCACUCCCCCCUCCCACUCCCCCCGCCGAUAAAUUUGGGAUCAUAAGUUCAAAUCUUUGGUUACCGGGUACAAGUCAAAUUAUCAAACACCAAAUAUUUUCAGGUGAUGCUACAGCUAGUUGGUUGCGCGAUAGAUAACGGUGGCAGUAAUGAAGCAAUCAUGGAUACUGGGAAUGGGUGAAAUUUGAACAGAACAGCAAAUUUGGCAUGAACACUUCCUCUCCUUUUAUACCUUCAUAUUUAACUACAUUCUUGUUGAUUAACGUCAUCUCAUCAAACACAAGUUUACAAAUCACCCAGUAAAAUACCGCCUGUGUAUUAAAACCUAGAUGUUGAUUGGCUGCUUUCCAUACUGCUUGGGUAAUAAUUGGAAUUAAAUGUCAUAUGAAAAAUAAUAAAAUAAAUGUUUAUAAAAGAUGUUUUAAGUCUAUACUACUCAAACAUGCUCACUGCCAAAUUUAACAUUUCAUCUCUGACCCGAUUCAGCUGUACACACUGAUUAGCACCAAAACAGCUCACGAUAUGUCCAUGACAAAUACAUUUUGACCUCUUAACGUCAAAGUAAGUAAGAAUAUUAGUACUCAGCAGUAGGGUUGGGAAUUGCGAUACAUUGCUGACAGUGGAAUCACUAAACAAGUGAUUCUGUAAUAUACUGCAAACAAUCAUCUGUGCUACAUUACAAUAUAUGUGCCUGAAGAAAAAAAGCAUCCAGUAUGUGUGUUAAAAAUCUAGGAAUUUCCUUGCAUGCAUCAUCAUCACAGAAAUGUAUGGGCAAGAUUAAAGUGAGUCACAAUGCCAAUGCAGCACAAUUGAACAUUCUGGGUCUGUCUCAGUGUUACAGAUGAUUGUAUUGCAAUAUAUUGCUGUAUCGAUUAUUUGUUCCAUCCCUACUCUGCUGAUGUUACAGUAAGUUUGGUUUGGUUUGCCUUUGGUUCCACAUGGAUGCUGUCAUCCCUCAGCUCAAACAGAGGAAUCCUGCAACGAGAUGUUGUACUGGCUAGACGCUGUAGGUAUGCUGGGUAUCAAAAUAGGUUGGAUAGGGGCGGUGGGUAGAGCACCCGCCCCAUGUGUUGAGGCUAUAGUCCUCACUGCAGGCGACCCCGGUUCGAAUCCCGUGCCGAGCGGCCCUAUCCUGCGUGUCGUUCCCCCCUCUCUGCCUCCAGUUUCCUGUCUCUCUCUACUUGUCUGUCCAUUAAAGGCAAAAAGCCCCAAAAAAAUAUACUUUAAAAAAAAAAAAAUAGCUUGGAUAAAAAUCAGAAUUAUUAUUAUAUCUUUCAU